AUGUCCCUUCGCAUUUUUCUUGGUCUUGAUUCAGUACCGAAUUACACUCUUGCUGAUAUCAGUGAGCAAUCUAUGCUUAAAAUGCAUGUAAAACCAGAGACAUCAGAGAUACGUCCGUAUGUUGUUUGUGUUGUUUUGAGAGGCAUAACUUUCAGUGAGGCAAGAUAUAACAGCUUCAUUGAUCUCCAAGAUAAGCUUCACCAAAAUAUAUGCAGUGAUGAACGUGGUGUCAGGGUUCUUAUGAAUGUUGAUAGCUUUGGUGCUGUUGGAGAUGGAGUUUUUGAUGACACAAAGGCCUUUGGAGAUGCAUGGAAGGAAGCAUGUUUUACAGAUUGCAUUCACUGGAAGCAGUGCAAUAUAUAA